UAUGUUUACAAAAUUAGUGUUCAGAUUUAGUACAUACAAUUUUAUUAAUGUUACAUAAAAGGGAUAGGUUGCAUUGAUCUAAUUCAACAGACCUAAAGCUAUGAAUGCCCUUUGUGAUGGAUUAAUUAAAGAAUUAAACUAAGUAACUUAGGAAAUUGAUUCUAAUCCUGAAUAUGGAUCAAUUGUUAUUACAGGAAAUGAAAAAGCAUUUGCAGCAGGAGCAGAUAUUAAAGAAAUGUAAGAUAAAUCAUUCCCAUAAGUUUAAAACAUAUAAAUGCUUGCAUGUAAAAACAUUUAUAAUCUUUAGCUUGGGAAAAUUUGACCAAUAUUAAAAAACCUAUUCUUGCAGCAGUAAAUGGAUAUGCUUUAGGUGGAGGAUUUGAAUUAGCUAUGAUGUGUGAUAUUAUUUAUGCAGGAGAAAAUGCUAAAUUUGGAUUACCUGAAAUUACUCUUGGAACAGUAAUAUAUAUAUUGAUUAAAUUAGAUUCCAGGAUGUGGAGGAACUCAAAGAUUAAUUAGAGCAGUAGGUAAAUCAAAAGCUAUGGAAAUGACAUUAACUGGAGAAUUUAUAGAUGCAUAAACAGCAUUAUCUUAUGGAUUAGUUAGCAAAGUUUUACCAGUGUCAAAUUUAGUUGAAGAGACAUUAAAAGUAGCUGAAAAAAUAGCAUCAUUUAGCAAGUAAUUUUAUUAUAAAUGAUUAUUAUAGACCAGUUGCUGCAUUAAUUAAGGAUACCAUAAAUGAAGCAGAAAAUAUUGGUUUAAGAGAAGGAGUGAAAUAUGAAAGAAAAGCAUUCUAUUCAACAUUUGCAACUUAAGAUAGAAAAGAAGGAAUGAGUGCAUUUGUAGAAAAAAGAAAACCUUCUUGGACUGAUAAUUGAAUAGUAUUACGAAAAUAUUAUCUAUAAUUAA